AAUAUCAUAUUCAGCUAUUCCUUUAUCGAUUCAAUGUUGUCCUACAACUGUCCUGACUCUUUUUCGAUAAGCCCGAGCGCUUUUAAAAAGUUGUGUCAAGUUUGAAGAUCACGUUGCCAUGGCAACGAUUACUGUUUCUUUUGAAUUCGGCGCAUUUUUUCUACUCCAAUGGGGCCCAAUCGCUAUACAAACCUCCUCAAAUCUCUCUUGAAACAACUGUCCAGCGAUUGACAGCAAAAUACACAACUAUUAUGGGAUAUACAUGUGCAAAAUCCAGCAAAACUUCUAAACUUAUCGAACCGCGAUCCUUAAAGCUAUAUACAACUCAUAUCAACUCUUUAAAAGACCUUGAAAGAUAAUGGUGGGAGAAAAAGACUCAUCUACGUACCGAAAGAAAAGAAAACGCGUGUUUUACGGCAAGCAAAAACAGGAGCUGAACCGCUCAGACAGAGAUGAAAGCUCUCAAACAACUCGUGGCCUCGACGAAGAACCAGGACCCUCACACUCUCGAUCGGCAGAUUAUACUCCAGAUCACAGUGAACAAGCUCCAACAAGUGCUUCUAGAAAGAAGCUUAGCGACCAUGGCUACAAUGAAAGCUUUGACGGAGAGUUUUCUUCGGACGAUCAAAGCCUUUCAGACUUUGACUCAGACCACGAGGAUGAAUCUGGUGAUGAUGCUGAAGCCUGCGAAUAUCGAGUCGUGGACUUGGGAUGCCUCUCUUCAUAUCUUUCCGAUGUUCAUAGAUGCGAAGAAGGUAAACUUGAAAUAAAAGAAACUACUUCAGCAAGGGCAGGGCUGAAAUUCUCUUUCGAGGUUAAGUGCAGUUCCUGUCAUGAAACUGAAACUCUGACAACAUCAAGUCAAAUCCACCGAAGAGGCAAGUCUUUCGAUGUCAACCGGCGAGUAGUGUACCACUCCCUGGAAAGUGGAAAUGGAUAUGAGGGACUUGCUUCAUUUUGCAGAGUCAUGAAUAUGCCAUGCGUUAGCAAAGCAGCAUAUUACAAACAAUUGGACAUAAUUGUCAAUGCUCAGGAAGAGGAGGGAAGACGUGAAAUGUGUUCGGCCGCAAAAAGACUGCGUCAGAAGCUGAUAGGAGAUGAUGGCAAGGAGUUUGAGCCACCGGUACCUCCAGUUACGACUCAGCAGACUGCUUACCUGAGGUUUUCCUAGAGGUACUGCGGCCAGUAUACAUGGGCUUGAGUGAGACUGAUUUACUGAAGAGAUGUGUUCGUGGAAAGACACAGAACCCUAACGAAUGUAUUAAUUCGUUGGUUUGGGCCCGAUGCCCAAAACACAAGCACCAUGGCCCAAAGGUGGUGCGAUUUGCAGCAGCAUCUGCUGUCUGCCAUUUUCAUGGGGGGCUGCUAGUAGGGAGAAAGUGAUGGAGAGUCUUUUGAUCCCUGCUGGCAGCCAUACAAAGCAGGGGUCCCUUCUUAAGGACAGAAAGCGGUUGCAGAAAGCAGACAGGCAAGUGUCUGAAAAGGCAAAGAAGAAAAGACAGGCCACCCAGAUGCGCAGAGUAUGUAGGGAGGAGGCUCUAAGGAGUGCUGAGGGUGUUACUUACGAGUCUGGAGCCUUUUAGCUAAAAUAUUUUCAAGAACAUUGCUUAUAUGAUAAGAAACAGCGUUUUUGUGAUUAUUGUCAACUUUAAAGGCAUUUUCCCGAAUUUUUGCUUUUCGGGCUU